GCUUAAGUUCGUGAUUUAUACUGGCCUGGUGAGAAUCUAGAUUCGUCAAAUAUCGCGAGAGGUUGUGAAUUAUAUUGGCCUCGUCAUCGUCGUUGUCUGUUCCCGUUCGUCACGGCUGCUGCUGCUGCGGUUGCUAUUAUUAUUGUUCCAUUCCUUUAUACUUUCUCCAUCAGCUGCGCCAUGUCUGUUAUCUGUGCCUCUGAAGGAAGCUCGCCAGUGCCCACGCCCUUAUUCUCCGCACCUACGACUCCCGAGACCGAGCGGGAUGAAUACUUCGACGAACCUUCCCUGUCGGUCCAGGAUGACGCCCCAUAUGUACUCGUCACCGGCGGACUAGGAUACAUCGGCAGCCACACCACUCUGGAGUUGCUCAAGGCUGGCUACAACGUGAUCAUUGUGGAUGACCUGAGCAAUAGCUUCCACCACGUCUUCGACCGGAUUCUGCUGGCAGCCAAGCAACACUUUGACCGGACGGGUGGCCACUGUCCACGGGCCGAGCUGAGAUGUAUCGACUUUCGCGACGUGCCCGCCAUGCGCGCCCUGCUGGCCUCGUACACAGUGGAGUCAUCUUCAGUAGACACCAACGAUAGCAUCACUCAGUCCCGAUCCAGAAUCGUAGGAGUGAUCCACUUCGCCGCCUUCAAGGACGUCAACGACAGUCUGCGCAACCCCCUCAAGUACUACCACAACAACGUCACCGGAUUAGUAGACCUAGUCAGCCUACUAGCGGACCACGACAUCAAAACCUUCAUCUUCUCCUCCUCAGCCAACGUCUAUGGCACAUUAGCCCAGAACCACGGCACCCUGCGCGAGGAGCACUGCGUGCACCAACCCGAGACAUACCACAGUGCCUCCUCUGGCGAAGCUAUAACAUCAGAGCAAGGCUGCACAGGAAUCACAAACCCCUACGGCCGCACCAAAUGGAUCGGCGAAGCCAUUCUCUCCGACGUAGCAACCUCCGAUCCAUCCUGGACCAUCAUAGGUCUCCGAUACUUCAACCCCAUCGGAUGCGACCCCUCGGGUCUCCUGGGUGAAGAUCCCCGCGGGACACCCUCGAACCUCGUCCCGGUAGUCGUGCAAGUCCUGACGGGUCAACUACCAGCUUUAUCCGUCUAUGGAACCGACUGGGCGACUCCCGACGGUACUGCCAUCCGCGAUUUCAUCCACGUGUCGGACGUGGCGCGCGGACAUACGGCAGCCCUGGCGGCAGCGCUAGCCGGCCAGGUAAAGACGAACUUCCGCACUUUCAACCUGGGGACCGGGCGAGGGCAUUCCGUAGCGGAAGUGGUGUCCGCGAUGGAGGGCGUCAGUCAUCAGUCUAUCCCAAGACGGCUGGCGGAGAGGAGGCCCGGGGAUGUGCAGGAGUGCGUGGCGGUUCCGGAGAGGGCGGCUUGUGAGUUGGGGUGGGAGGCGGAGAAGUCCUUGCAGGAUGCGUGUGAGGAUUUGUGGCAUUCGUUGAGGGGUGGGUCGGUGGAAAUGAUGAUGGAUUGA